CCGCGGUAGAUAUAUUUUAAGUAGUUAACUGAAAUCGAUAAGUAGUUCGUCUUCAGUAGUUUUUUUCUUGUGCCCUCGAAUAACUUCGUCGGCCAUUUUGAAUUUGGGCCAAGACGGUGGAAAAUUUCUUAUCGCUCUGCAUCUAGCCUGGUUUGCAAGGCGUAGAAAGGGAAAUCAAACAUGGAGGAUGGAUUUGGAAAUGUGUUUUAUUGUGCAAUCGAAGAGAGCGGUGGGAUGAUAGUUUGAAGGUUGUUCCACAAUAUCCAAGAAGGCUGUGAGGACCAAUUUGUUUGAGAUGUCAAAGUUCUAAAUAGUGAAUAACAGUGCAAUUGUAUUAGGAGUCAAAAUGCGUCGUUCUUCGCCACCUUUUGCAAUGGUGGCAAGUGCCAGUGUAAGUGGUUCUUCGGUAGUGGUUCCCAUUGAACAGUACGGAGCGGAACAAACUGACCAGAUCUCCGCAAUGCGACAGCUCAAACGGAAACACAGUGAGGAACGAUUUCUGCCGUACCACUAUCAAGAGCAGGGCCAUUCGAUUCACAAAGUUCGCAAGGAUAAUCAUCUACAGUUGCAAGACGUGGAUCAUUUCCACGGGUUUGGACAGGCAUUCCAUGGUCCGACAACCGAAUUUCAGGUCAUCGCCGCUAGCGAUGGCAACAAUAAUCAAAACCAUAUCCACCAAGAGCAACAGCAAAUGGGUUAUAUUUACGAAGUUGCCGGGGGAGGUAGUGGUGUACCAGUCAUUCCGGUUCCCGAGGCACAAAUGAUUGCUCAAGAUAUUCCUGCCUCUAGUAAUGGCAUCGUUCUAACUGAUAUCAGCUCGUCUACCUGGACUAGUACUCAAGAACUGCUGGAUCUUGACCGGAAGCCAACCCUCACCAUACAAACCGAUAGUCACAAUGCAUUUCCAAUAGUGAGCUCAGAACACCAUCAGCAUCACCACCAACAGCCGCAGCAGAUCCAUCAGGAUCAUCUCAAUCACCAUAAUCACCAACAUCACCAACACCAUCAUCAUCAGCAGCAGCAGAGUGAAUUCCACGCUCAUCAAUCGCUACACCCCUCUUCUCAGUACGGCAACAAUCACACGAAAACGCAAGAGCUGACGAUCGUUACGUCCAGCUGUGGCGGAGGUGGCGGCGGCGGCGGCAGGACACCGACGACUGCCGUUUUGUCAGGUCCCAUCGGCACCGGCAUUGCAGCAGGGAACAUUCGGCGAGCUAUAACACCUGAAAUCCCAGAAGACAUCGAAGACAAGAACCUCUCCUGGUUGUUCAACUUCAAGCUGGAAGAUUUGCCACAUCUGUCACCGGAGGCCAAACGCAAACAGGCACCGAAAAAUGGCACUGGACCGACAUCCGGUGGCCCGUCGGCCACUUCCACAUCAGCGACCUCCACGAUAACUGGACCGCUUAGCAGCCAUCUGGAAUCCGAUUCAGCACUGGAUCAAGCCGCGGCCAUUGAGGAAGACGACAUGAAUGUGGCAGAGAAUGUAACCAUCGAGAACAGCGCUGCCGCAGCAUCAGCUACCACCACCAAAGUGACCAAGAAACCACCAUUCACGUACACCGAACUCAUCGAAUACGCGUUGGAGGACAAGGGCGAACUCACUGUUUCCGGCAUCUACCAAUGGAUCUCAGAUCAUUUUCCGUUCUAUAAAUCAAACGAUGACCGGUGGAAGAACUCAGUCCGUCAUAACCUGUCGAUCAACCCACACUUUCGGAAAGGAAACAAGGCUCCACAAGGUGCUGGUCAUCUAUGGACCAUCUCCAGCAGGGAUUCAGAGGCAAAUUUCCUUGCAUGGGAACACAAACGGCAACGAUUAGAAUUGUUCUUUAAAAUGGAAGCAGCCAAUGCUAAGAACCAGAGAGAUCCACCACCGGGAUCACCCACUUCGGAAGAAAUUGCGGCAGCCACAGCCAGCUUAGCACAGUAUGAGCCACAUUCUCCAGCUCACGGGCAUGUCAGUGAGGCCUUAGACUACCGACACGCUCAGCCCGGCUCAUCGGGGCAACACAUGCAGUCCGCUCUUGGUCAACCCCAGCAGCAACAACCAAUGUAUGCCAACAUCCAGACUAACCAAUACGAGGUCGUUCAAGGUGAGGAACUGAAACGAUCAGCCGGUGAAAUUCUGAAUGGCAUUCGACGAAAUGUCGAAGUUCAGAUUGUCCAUCCGAUCAAUUCAAACAACUUCCAGGCGUAUGCAUUGCUCGACUCCGACUACUAUCUAGCGGACUACCUGAAUCCGGUUUCGAAGGAGGAGAUCGUCCAGGAAUGUGGACUGCGAUCGGCUGCUGUUCAUCGGUCGGACGCCGCCCCGCCAACCGACUACUACAUCACCACGAUCGAUCCGAUCGAGCUGGGUAUCAACAUGAGCACCAGUCAGGACGAGGAUCAGAUCCUGUUCGAGGACGAUUUCAAUCUCAACUACUUCGGCAACAACAUUAUGACUUGACGACGUGCCACCGGUUCUACCAGCAGCAACGUCCACCUGGCGAUGCCUCUGCAACAGAGCUGUGAAGAAGCGGUUUCACCGGAAGUUGUGAGCUUAGAUUCUACAGGAUUUGCCAAUACGGUUGCCGAAAACUGUUUGGACAGAGCGGAAAAUAAUGUUUGAAAAAAAAUUCAAAGAAGAGAGUUUGUGUGCAGUGCAACCGAUUUCUAGUCCGUGUGAUUGUUUUCAUUUAGUUUUUUGUUAAUUUCAAUAUUUAAAUUACUUUAAUCAUAAUGUAUAUUAAACUUCUAAUCAUGUAAAUAGUGUUAGCUGGGCGCGCUCAGUACAACAGUAAAAACAGUUCUAGUCAAUGAGUUGUAAUUUCCUUCUUCGCAUGCUUGGGAAUUGAGCUCUAUCAACAGAAACGUGCAAAAUCUAUGUACAAAAUACCAUUCAAUUAAACUUUCAAAAUGAGGAAUACACGUGUUGUUGUUUAUUUCAAUAUCAGGAACUAUCAUAUCUAUGGGGAAAGUGUGCUGUGGUAGUUGUCGGAUGAAUAAAAAAUCUCCCCAUCGGAAAUGUAUGCAAACACCACCAACUUUCGGUUUGGUUCACAGCCCAGAGAGGUGUUUCGGUGAAAAUGAAUUGGAUCCAGCACCGUAUGUGUGAUUGGCCAGGUUUUAGGGCCUCCGAAAUUAUAAAUUACACUAUGAGAAAUAGAAAAUUUAUAAGGUAAGGACCAAAUAAUAACAAUGCAACAGCAAAGCCCAAACUCAUGUUUUUUUGCAAACAGACACCUUUAACUUUAUUCAAUACGC